GCAACCAAGAGACGCGGAGGAGAUCUGAGAUCGGAGAUCGCAGAUCUGGGAUUCGGUUGCGGGCUCGGUCAAUCCGGAGUAGUGCGUCGUCCCUGGCCACGGCUUAAAAAUAUUAUUGUGUUUACCGUAACUACUUUACUAGAACAUUAAACGUAUCACACACGACCAACAAAACAAUAAAGUCCAAGAGUGCAAUUUCUGUCUGUGAUUAGAAGUUUCUAUUGUUUUCCUCACACCAGAAACUACGAUUGUCCAAAGCUUUAAAUAAUAUCAACAAUAAAUGUGCAAUGUAACGUGCAAAGUGAUGCAACACUUAAAUAUCUAUAAAAAAUUGGCAAAUUGGAAAUCAAAGCAUAUCAAAUGAUAAUGCCACCUAAAAUGUCUACAAGUCGGAUGUAGCCUGAAGUGGAUAUAUACGAAUUGGAUUUCAAAGACAACCCCAUUUAAGUGCGCCCCAUGGUAAUGGCCGUGAUACUGUUGCUGGCCCUGGCACUCGUACUUGGCUUCUACUGCGCUCUCCAUCGGCACAAAUUGGCGGAUAUAUACCUCCGGCCGCUCCUAAAGAACACGCUCCUGGAGGACUUCUACCAUGCCGAGCUGAUUCAGCCGGAGGCGCCAAAGAGGCGGAAGCGCGGCAUCUGGGACAUACCCGGGCCAAAGAGGAUUCCCUUCCUGGGCACCAAGUGGAUAUUCCUGCUCUUCUUUCGCCGCUACAAGAUGACCAAGCUGCACGAGGUAUAUGCGGAUUUGAACAGACAAUAUGGCGACAUAGUGCUGGAGGUGAUGCCCUCCAAUGUGCCCAUAGUGCACCUGUACAAUCGCGAUGAUCUGGAGAAGGUUCUGAAGUACCCCAGCAAAUACCCAUUCCGACCUCCCACCGAGAUCAUCGUGAUGUACCGUCAAUCCCGACCGGAUCGCUAUGCGAGUGUGGGAAUUGUGAACGAGCAAGGACCAAUGUGGCAGCGAUUACGAUCCUCCCUGACCUCCAGCAUUACUUCUCCCAGGGUCCUGCAGAAUUUUCUUCCAGCCUUAAAUGCGGUUUGUGAUGAUUUUAUCGAACUACUGCGAGCCAGGCGGGAUCCGGAUACACUGGUGGUUCCCAAUUUCGAAGAGCUGGCCAAUCUGAUGGGUCUGGAAGCUGUGUGCACUUUAAUGCUGGGCAGAAGGAUGGGUUUCCUGGCUAUCGAUACCAAGCAGCCGAAAAAGAUCAGCCAACUGGCAGCUGCUGUCAAACAGCUUUUCAUCUCCCAAAGGGACUCGUACUACGGUCUGGGUCUGUGGAAAUACUUCCCAACCAAAACGUACAGGGACUUUGCCCGCGCCGAGGAUUUGAUCUAUGAUGUGAUCUCCGAGAUCAUCGAUCAUGAGCUGGAGGAACUCAAAAAGUCGGCUGCCUGCGAGGAUGACGAGGCUGCCGGAUUACGAAGUAUUUUUCUGAAUAUUCUGGAGAUGAAGGAUCUGGAUAUCAGGGACAAAAAGUCAGCGAUCAUAGACUUCAUUGCCGCUGGCAUAGAAACGUUAGCCAACACUUUGUUGUUUGUGCUGAGUUCUGUUACUGGAGAUCCUGGUGCUAUGCCCCGAAUCUUAAGUGAAUUCUGCGAGUACCGGGACACGAAUAUCCUGCAGGAUGCACUAACGAAUGCCACGUACACAAAGGCCUGUAUACAGGAGUCCUACAGAUUGAGGCCCACAGCCUUUUGCCUGGCCAGAAUUCUGGAGGAGGACAUGGAGCUCUCGGGCUACUCGCUUAAUGCAGGGACUGUGGUGCUCUGUCAGAAUAUGAUAGCCUGCCACAAAGACAGCAACUUCCAAGGAGCCAAGCAGUUUACCCCAGAACGUUGGAUUGAUCCUGCCACGGAGAAUUUCACGGUAAACGUGGAUAAUGCCAGUAUUGUGGUGCCCUUCGGAGUGGGUCGAAGAUCGUGUCCAGGAAAGCGUUUCGUGGAAAUGGAGGUGGUGCUGCUGCUAGCUAAGAUGGUCCUAGCCUUUGAUGUGAGUUUUGUGAAGCCCCUGGAAACGGAGUUCGAGUUCCUGCUGGCACCCAAAACUCCACUCAGUCUUAGACUCAGCGAUCGGGUUUUCUGAUAAUGGGUGCUUAGGAAAACUGAUCCCCAAACAGUGCCUACCCUCAGGCGUUUUGUAUCAAAUACAACUAAAAUAGCUAAGAACUGAACCAUUAAGUAAAAUUAAUGUAAAAUAUGCUUAGGUUUCUACACAUAUCUGUAUACAUAUAUAUGUAUAUCCUUUAUCCCUGAUGAGCCAGCAUCAGCAGCCUAGUCCUGUGAAGCAAUCAAAAAAGAGCUAAACCAAUUAAAAUAAAUUUACAAAUGUAUGCUGACUGGAUGUAAAGUAGAUUAAGAUGUAUAUACAAACGUCAUGUUUUGUUGUAAUUACUUCUAAAUUUAUUAUUAGUCGUAGCAAAUAACUAGCAGCAAU